AUACAUACAAUACAGACCCAGAAAAGAAGAGAGAGAAAUUGAGAUAUAUAUAUUGUGAGAGAGAAGACAACCAACAACAAACACCAAGUUGAGAUUUUUGUAUCUCUGCAAGUGGAGGAGAGAAGCCCUCGUGUUAUCUCCUCAUCCUCUUCUCUCUCUCUCUCUCUCUCUCUCUCUCUCUAUAUAUAUAUAUAUAUAUUGAUUGAUUGUGUGUAGGCUUCAAUUCGUCUAGAGAGAGAGAGACCCAGAAUCCGAAAUUCUUGAAUCGUCUUUCUCUCUCUCUCUCUGGGUCUCUAAUGGCGAGUUGGGUUUUAUCAGAAUGUGGCCUAAGACCCCUCCCACGAAUCUACCCUAAACCCAGAACAGGUCUAACCUCUCUCAAUGCCAACCCUUCAAAGAUCAAACUAAUUCAAUCCGACCCAGUUUGUUCUUCUUCGUUCUGGGUAUCAUCAUCUGGGUCUAGAGAGAGAAACUGGAAAAUCAAGGUCAGUACCCCCCUAAAAGUCCAAUCUAUUGAAGAAGAAGAGAGAGAAACAAAGAAAAUCAAUGUCGUCAAUGGGGUCGAAGAAGAAGGCGAAUUCAACCCAGGCGCGGCGCCUCCGUUCCGGCUAGCCGAUAUUCGAGCUGCGAUUCCGAAACAUUGCUGGGUUAAGAAUACAUGGAGAUCAAUAAGCUAUGUUCUGAGAGAUGUUGUGGUGGUUUUUGGAUUGGCUGCUAUGGCGGCUCAUUUCAACAACUGGGCUGUUUGGCCUCUGUAUUGGUUUGCUCAGGGGACCAUGUUCUGGGCUCUGUUUGUUCUUGGUCAUGAUUGUGGUCAUGGAAGUUUUUCUAAUAAUCAUAAGUUGAAUAGUGUGGUGGGUCAUCUUCUUCAUUCUUCAAUACUUGUCCCUUACCAUGGAUGGAGGAUUAGCCAUAGAACUCAUCAUCAGAACCAUGGACAUGUUGAGAAUGAUGAAUCAUGGCACCCAUUAUCUGAAAAGAUUUACAGAAGUUUGGACAACGCUACCAAAAUCUUGAGGUUCACUUUGCCUUUCCCUCUCCUCGCAUAUCCCAUCUACCUGUGGAGUCGAAGCCCUGGAAAGACUGGCUCUCAUUACAACCCGAGCAGCGAUCUGUUUGUGCGGAGUGAGAGGAAAGAUGUGAUCACCUCCACCGCGAGCUGGAUUGCCAUGGCUGCACUGCUCGUUGGCCUGUCCUUUGUCAUGGGUCCAAUUCAAUUGCUUAAACUCUAUGGCGUUCCCUACGCGAUCUUUGUCAUGUGGCUGGACUUGGUGACUUACUUGCAUCACCAUGGCCAUGAGGAGAAACUUCCUUGGUAUCGUGGCGAGGAAUGGAGUUAUCUGCGAGGAGGGUUAACGACACUUGAUCGGGACUAUGGUUGGAUAAACAACAUUCAGCAUGAUAUUGGAACUCAUGUGAUACAUCACCUCUUCCCUCAAAUCCCACACUACCACUUAGUAGAAGCAACGGAGGCUGCUAGGCCUGUGCUUGGGAAGUACUAUCGUGAGCCUAAGAAAUCUGGUCCUCUUCCACUUCACUUAUUGGGAAGCCUUGUAAGAAGCAUGAAACAGGAUCACUAUGUGAGUGACACUGGGGAUAUUGUAUACUAUCAAACAGAUCCUCAGCUCUCUGGCUCCCCGGAAGCAGAAUGAAGCCCUAGAAGAUUUUCAAGUUCACUGAUAGGAAGACUGCUAAGCUACUAAUUCUUUAUAACCGAUUUCAAUUUUGACUGUAGUUGAAAUAAAUUAUCUUGUAGAAGUAAAAUUGGGGGAGCAACCAUUCUGCAAUAGGUAUUCAAGCUCUUCUAAAUUGGAGAUUGUAUUGAGUUAGUUAAAUUUGUAAUAUGAUAAUUGAAGUUAAUAGUGUAUGUCAUUAACAUGUUAAAGAAA